AUGCCCUCCCCAUCGACCUUGACGAUAGAGGCAUCUCCCUCUUUUUCAGACGAAAGCAUCGAACCUGCUCCGGCGCUGACCUCCACUCCCCCCUCUCAGCAGGCAUACAACAAUGAGGCAGCACAUGAUAGGUGCUGCGAGCAGCGCGGCCACGCGGCCACCCCCUCUCCUGGUGCACCGCUGUCGCCGGCAGCCACCGAGAACGACGACGCCUCCCAGGAAAUUGACCCAAUUUCUCUUGCAGGCCCGAUAGAGGAUCACGGCGUGCUAGCCAAGCACGCCGAACAGCUGAGGCAGCUGCAACACGAGCCAAUAUCGGACGCUGGAUGGGAACAGUUCACCGGAAUCCUGGACGACGCCAUACAGGUAGUAAGCGAGACGGUAAAGCUUCCUGUAGCUUCCGCUAACAGGAAGCCGCGCCGCCCUCUGAAUCCUGAGAAUGCUCAGCAGAUUCAGACACUGUACCGACGCAAUCGCCGACGUGCAGUGAGGCUGAUCGUGGAGGGUGAGUCCCAACUCUGCCCGAUCCCUCUUGACGAGCUAAAGGAACACUUCAGCGAGGCUUGGGGGCCGCGUGAAGCCGACACCGCUCUGCUUCUGAGCAAGGUGAAGCGAAGCGACAUGGCUGAAGUCAGCCUUGCGCAGUUCACUGACGGCGAGGUAGUUUCCCGUCUUCGCAAGAGCGAGAACACCGCCCCCGGAAGUGACCGCCUCACCUACCAACACUGGCGCUCCACUGAUCCCGAAGCUCUUUUUCUCACCGCAGUGUUCAACGUGUGCCUGAAAUACCAGAGGGUACCUGCUGCCUGGAAGGAGUCACGGACUGUACUCAUCCACAAGAAGGGAGACCUCGGGAAUGCUGCGAACUGGCGCCCCAUUACCCUUGGGAGCACGAUUUCGAAACUGUACGCGGGCUGCUUGCCGGCUCGCUUACAGGAAUGGAUCGCCUCCCAAGAAGUGCUCUCCCGUUGUCAGAAGGGGUUCCUGCCGUAUGAUGGUGUGUACGAACACAACUUCGUACUGCAGGAGCGCCUGGACGCGGCGAGAGCUGGCCGUGGGGACCUGUGCGCGGCAUUCCUCGACUUCGCCAACGCGUUUGGAUCUGUUCCCCACAACGCCCUCAUUGAUGCACUGCAUGGCGCUGGUGCGGGUGAUAACUUCUGUGCUAUUAUUGCUGAUAUUUACAGAGACAACAGGACCAGCGUCAUCGCAGAAGCCGGGAUCAUCUCACCGAUAGAAACCUCUGCCGGCAUACGUCAGGGUUGCCCACUGAGCGGCCUCCUGUUCAACCUGGUGCUCGACCCAGUCGUGCGUGCGCUUCAGGGAGGCGACAGGCAGCACAAUGUGCUUGCCUACGCCGACGAUCUAACGCCACUAGCUGACGAGCCAGGUACACUACAGAGCCGCAUUAACGUAGUGGCAACCCUGUCGAGCCAGCUCGGGCUACGUCUGAACCCCGCGAAGUGCAAGUCACUGCACCUCUCCGGAAAGACACCCGUGGGGACAAGACCUACGACCUUCACGGUCUACGGCACCCCAAUCCCAUCAAUCAGUGACUUCGAGGCACACACCUUCCUCGGGCGACCAGUCGGGUUCUCGGUACUACCGGACCAGGCAACCGUGGACGAAGCCAUCAACGUGGGUCGCCGCCUGCUUACCUCGAUGCUCGCCCCGUGGCAGAGAUUGGACGCCGUUAAAACAUUUGUAUUUCCGGCGCUCAACUUUGCCAUGCGGUGUGGCUCCCUUGGCAAGGCAGAGUGGUCUCGCCUGGACACAACGCUUCGCCCACUCAUCAAGCGGACCCUCUACCUGCCUGCCAACGCUGCUAACGACUACCUAUACGGUAGCUCCGCAGCGGGUGCCAUUGGCAUUCCUGUGGCGGCAGAUAUCAGUGACAUCUGCAGAGUUGACAAUGCCUUCAAACUUCUCUCCUCUGCAGACACUGAGGUACAGGACCUGGCACUGACGGCACUGAUGGCUGUGACAUGCAGGAGAUUGAGACGCAUUCCGGAACCUGGGGACAUGCCCGCCUACCUGAGCGGCGAGACAGAGGGUGACUUCCGGGCCACGGCGACGCAGCUCCAGUCCGUGUGGACGGAGGCCCGCAAGGCUUCUCGGCGUCUUGGUGUCACCUGGGAAUUCGAACAAGACGGCCCCCGUAUCUCCAGGGGUGACAUAACACUUGGCCCGAGGAAGCGUACUAAGGUGGUGAAGACACUCCGGACGGCACUGGCAAACGCACGAGAUCACGAUCUCCACCAAAAACCCAGUCAGGGGAAAGUGAUGGAGUGCGUUGCCGCCGACCGGAGCAGUUCCCACUUUGUACGUACCGGCCAAUUCACGAGGUUUGCCGACUGGCGUUUCGUUUACCGGGCCCGACUCAACGUCGUUCCCCUGAACGCAGCGAGGCCAUGGGCUACGGCCGUGGACCAAAGGUGUAGGAUUUGUGGCGGUCAACCAGAGACCCUGCCACAUGUCCUGUGUCACUGCAUGACUCACAGUCAAGCAUACACCAACCGCCACAACCAGAUCGUGAACCGAGUGAAAGCCGCUGCCUCCGCCAAGUUCACUGUCACCCACGAGAAUCGACCAGUAGGUAAUACUAAUCUCCGUCCUGACCUUGUGCUUUGCAGGGGCGAGGAGGCGAUCAUCAUCGAUGUAACCUGCCCGUUCGAGAACCGGCCUGCAGCCCUGAACGCGGCCCGCCAGGGGAAGGAGGAGAAGUACCAGCCAGUCCGCGAGUACCUGCUGCGGAAAUUCCAGAAAGUGACCGUGGAGGCCAUCAUCGUCGGAGCACUUGGAUCGUGGGAUCCCCGAAACGACCGGAUCAUGCGCCGCUUCUGCAGCCGCAAAUACCUGCGGCUGUUCAAGAAACUCGCCGUGAGCGAGACAAUCGCUGCAUCACGAGACAUCUAUGCAGCGCACAUCGCAGCCAAGUGA